AAUCUUCUAUAAUUAACUUAAUUAAUUCGAUCCAAUUCAAAUUAAUAAUCUCAAUACUAUAAACACAACAUGGAUUCACGUUUCCUAUAAUAUAUGCACUCCUAAUAACACUCCAUUGAUUAAAUUCUUACAUACAUAUAUGUGUGGAAAAUCUUCAAUAUUUCCACAAACCAUAUAUCAUCAAGUACAACUCAUUUAUUACUCUUCUGAUCAUUCUAUAGAGUAAAGAUUAUAUAGAGAUACAUCGAUCUGUUAUAUCUUUUCAAACUAUAUAUAGUAGCUUAUAUAAAUAUAUUCUUUGUAUGGAAAAGCCGGAAGGGUAUCCAGAAGUGGUACUUCAAGAAGAAGAUGACAGAACUUGGUUCCCGCCUGGUGUCAAAGACGACAUGUCGUUAUUAAAAAGUGCUACUUUGGGAAAAUACUAUGGUCAUAAUAGCAAUAAUAAUGAUGAUGAAGAUUAUUAUUGCUACUAUAAUUUUGAGUCAAAGCUUGGGAUAUUAUCCGACCCAAGAUUGUUAGCUGUGGUGGAAUACUUUAGGGAGCUUUACUUUCGAAGGAGGGAGUUGUUUAAGGAAACCUUCCCACAAUUUCAAGAUCAUCACAUUUUUGAGGUGUUAAAAAACUCAGGCACCAAAUUGUGGAGAGUCAAAUCGGGUAAUGAUAUCCAAACCCGGGUUGUCACCCUCAAGAGGAGCUCCAGCCUCGGCUCGCCUCCCCGGUCUCCUCCAGUGGGGACUAGAGGAUUUGAGCCACCACCUUUGAGGAAUGAGUGGAUCAAGGUUAAGACAAUUAACACCGGCGGUGCUGAAACUAAGUCCGACACCGCCGGUGGUUCGAAAUGAUUGGGCCAUACCUGACUUAUGGAAUUGGAAACUAAUUAAUGGUUUGUUUUUUAAUUUAAUUUUUUAUUUUUAACUAUCAUAUUUAUCUAAAUUGGGAUUUAUUCUUUUAAAAGGUGAUGAGUAUAUAAUAUAUUUUAGUUCACAUAUCAUAUAUAUUAAGAAAAUUUACAUAUAUUGAUUUUUGUAAUUUUUUUAUAAAAAUACUUUCAGACGGUAUUUUUUAUAUUUUUACUGUGUUUUUUUAUAAGUUUCAUACUGUAAUAUUCUGUGUUAAGUUUUUACUGUUGUUCUAUUAGUGUUUUUUAGUUGUUCUACUGUUGUUUUGAGUUAGUGUUUUAUAAACACACAGUAUUUUUGAAAAAAUUUCCGUGUGAAAGUAUUUUUGUAAAAAUUAACUCAAAUUCCAAUAUUUUAAUAAGUUUUCCUAUAUGUUACUCUAUAUGCUAUAUAAUACUACUCCUCCUUGUUUAUUGUUUUUGCAAGAGGAUUAUUUAAGAAAAAGAUGUUAAAUUAAUUUGCAAAAUCAGUUCAUGUGUUAGGUAUGUUGUGAUUGAAAUUAAUUAGUGGGUGAUGUUAAUUAUCAAGAUCUUCUUCUGUUUGUUUAUUAUCUCUGUAUAUUAUUUAAUUAAUACAA